CCCGACCCCAUAACCAAAGACGGAAGCUGUCUCUGCUUGUCUCCUCCUCUAAUUGAUGUUUUCUCUCUUUCUUUCUGUUCUGUUCUGUCUGUAAUAUAAUUCAUCUUCUUCUUACGAUCUAUACUCUGCAGCUUCCAUGGCUAAUCCUCUCUUCCGCCUCUGUCUCAUCUCCAUGGCCGUCUUACUUCACUUCAAUUUCUCUCUCUCUGUCAAAGAAGAUGAUACAGUUCUCUUACCCCUCAAAGCCCAAAUUAUUUCAUCUGGGUCGGUUCCCAACAAACUCUCAUUUCACCACAACGUCUCUCUAACCGUCACCCUAACAGUCGGCACGCCGCCUCAAUCCGUCACCAUGGUUCUCGACACAGGCAGCGAGCUCUCAUGGCUCCACUGCAAGAAAACUCCAGGAACCCCGAAUUCAUUCGACCCGACCCAUUCAUCCUCAUACUCUCCCAUCCCCUGUUACUCACCAACAUGCAGAAUCCGCACCCGUGAUUUCACCGUACCCGUUUCAUGCGACGCGAGAAAACUCUGCCACGCGGUGCUCUCCUAUGCCGAUGGCUCCUCUGCCGAAGGGAACCUCGCCGGCGAUACUUUCCGGUACGGGGAAUCAACAUCAUCCGUCCUGCCUGGAAUGAUAUUUGGAUGUAUGGAUUCUGGAUGGAGUUCAAACCCGGAUGAGGAUUCAAGGACAACCGGGUUAAUUGGUAUGAACCGGGGCUCUUUAUCGUUUGUAUCGCAAAUGGGUUUCUCUAAAUUCUCGUAUUGCAUAUCGGGCAGUGACUCGUCGGGGGUUUUGGUGUUCGGUGAGGCAAAGUUACCGUGGUUAAGACCGUUAAAUUACACGCCUUUAGUAAAAAUAUCGUUGCCUUUACCGUAUUUUGAUCGGGUUGCGUAUACGGUUGAGUUAGAAGGGAUAAAAGUAUCGGGUAAAAUACUAUCACUUCCUAAGUCAAUAUUCGUGCCUGAUCACACUGGGGCGGGUCAGACCAUGGUGGACUCGGGGACCCAGUUUAGUUUCCUUCUGGGUCCGGUUUAUGCGGCUCUAAAGAAGGAAUUUUCUGAACAAGUAAGAGGGAUAUUAAGGCCUUUAGGUGAGGUCGAUUUUGUUUUUCAAGGGGCGAUGGAUGUUUGUUAUAGGGUAGAGAUGAGCAGAAAUGUUUUGCCGGAGUUGCCGGCGGUGACACUGAUAUUUCGGGGGGCGGAGAUGGUUGUGGCGGCGGAGAGACUGAUGUAUCGUGUGCCGGGGAUGGUUCGAGGGAAUGAUUGGGUGUAUUGCAUGACAUUUGGAAACUCUGAUUUGAUCGGAAUGGAAGCUUAUGUGAUUGGACAUCAUCAUCAGCAAAAUAUGUGGAUGGAAUUUGAUAUAGCAAAUUCAAGGGUUGGAUUAGCUGAGGUUAGGUGUGAUUUAGCAAGUCAACGUCUUGGACUUUAGAACAAGAAAAUACUAAAUUGUUAUAAGAAAGAGGGGACCGACUGACCGACCGGACCACUGAUGACUGAUCCAAUCCAUGUCCGAGACCAUUGAUCGGAGGAGUUAGUGGGGUGUUAAAUCUAUGCGUUGAAAAAUGAACAGUCGUAAAUUGAGGACAGGUGGUUUU